CCGCGGCUGGGCUCGGUCAAUCCGCCGCAUGCUUUUGUUGUUGUUUACCUACCUGCGGCGGCUCCGUAAACAAAUUACCGACCGGCGUCCGACUUCAGUGCGAUUCGGCCGCCGACCCGCGCGUCGACAUGAUCUCGCUGGUCGCCCUGGACGGCGAGGCACACGUCUGGAGUGCGGACGAUUGGUUGACCCUCCGCAGAGAUCACCGUAUCUGUGGCCAACUGACUGGAAUCCUGGCCGGCGUGUCUCACCAGACAAAGCACAACGGCCUUCCAUUGGCACUUCUUCCAGAGGAAACGCGACUUUUGCUGCAGGAGAAAAUUGCCAGACUCGUCGACUACGAGGCGCUAAGGCAAAAACCCUCAGGAGAUCUGAAAGCCAAGUUCGAGGAGUACCAGAAGCAUUGCUACCAAGAACAAGUCAAAUCCCAUGAAGAGGAGCGGAAAAAGAAAGUCACGGAAAUGGUCGACAUCAUUGUGGAGGGCAAAAGGAGAAAAUUAAUGGGGCUGUCGACAAAAAAAGCGAAACGACGAAAACUUGAUAACUCAAGUUCUGCGGAGGCAAGUUCCUCAUAUGCUGAGGAAUUUGAGCUUCCGGACCGAGAUUCCAUCAUCAAAGAGGAGCUGAGCAAAAUUGUGCCGAUCCCCGAAGACUCUGCCUUGGCCACAAUCCCAACAGAGUGUCCUUGGCUGGACACAAUGACACCAACUGAAAUCCCGUAUCCACUACCGAGCCGACGAAUUGAAUGGCUCAAGACGAAGACAUUUGCCGAUCUUUGGAAAAGAGGCUACUUCAUUACCGCUGGCCAAAAAUUCGGAGGCGACUUUCUAGUCUAUCCUGGCGAUCCUUUGAAAUUCCACGCGCAGUACAUUGUUACGUGUCGACUUCCCGAGGAGAGCAUUCCUGCUUUAGAACUCAUUGCCCUUUGCAGAGUUGGGACUUCUGUAAAAAAGGCUGUGAUUCUCGCCACAUUUGACACUGAUGAUGGCAACAGCGAGGAAGAAGAAACUGUCACUUACCAAACUCUCAACUGGGUGACCUGAAUGAAAAUAAUUUCCGUUUAUAAAAAUUAAUAACAUUUAAUUAUUUAAUUUAACGGAAUGCUUUAUUUUGAUCACAAGUUGGCUAUAAAUUUUUAAGUUAAUUUUCAUUCAGUCCACUAAUGCAAGCGUCCAGUUGAUCUGCAAACGCUUCAAAUGAAAAGUGCUUCUUCACCCUUUCUCGGCAAUUGCGACUCAGGUUGUCAGCCUUUCCCCGAGCUAUUUUAGCCAUGGCUGAAGCAAAACUUUGCGCUUCUGGCGGACACAAGAAUCCAGUCUGGCCGUCCAGCACUGUCUCUGUGGGGCCACCACUAUUGACGGCCACAACUGGACGGCCCAGAUACAUGGCCUCGAGGGGAACAAUACCAAAGUGCUCGUUUUCGGGGGUGUAGAUCAGGGCUUUGCAGCU